ACCUAUCAAGCUGCGAUAGGUUUUUUAUCAAGCCCGUAUAAAAUAAAUAAUGUGAUUAAAUAAAACAUAAAAAAAACUAAAUUAAAUGUUUUGCGCUAUCGCCAAGCAACAACCGCUCCCAUACAACAUUCUUGCCGAGCAACUAAAACGCGGAGCCGUAGUCAUUAAAAUAAAAAACAGAAACAAUAAAAUCAUCAACAGUAGCAGCAGAAGCAGUGGCAAUAAUUGUGUUGCAAAACUGGCGCUGACAAACGUAAACCACAGCCAAGCUCAGAAACAAUGACAGCCGCUCCGUCCAUCCAUGACGAUGGUGAGCAUCAGGAACAGCAGCAAGUGCUACUGAAACGAGCCGAAGAUGAGCGCGAGGAUAUAUUCCGUCGCUACCAAAUGGGCCUGGAUCCCAAAAAUGUGGUCGACUCCUGGGAGAAUCCUACAUUUGAAAUCUAUCACAUAACUGACAAAUACGGCUUUAUGCAUGACUCCCGCCUGCCAUCGACACGAGACUCACAGGAAGUACAGCGCACCAAGAUUGAACUGGAGCGCGAUAAAAAAUGGAUGAAAAUGCUUGGACACUGGCCGCCGCCACAUGAGAAAUUGCACAAGCGUGUAUACAAGGGCAUACCGGAUCGUAUGCGUUGGCCCGCUUGGAAGCAGCUCUUAAAUGUUGAGCAGGCGAUGAAAACGAAUCCGAAGGUCUAUCAAAAUAUGCUGGAGCUGGCCAAACAAAAUGCCACAGAAACGCGUCAAAUUGAUGCGGAUGUCAAUCGACAAUUUCGCGACAAUCUGGCAUAUCGAGAGCGCUAUAGUGUCAAACAGUGUUCACUGUUUAAUGUGCUGAAUGCUUAUAGCAUUUACAACUCGGAGCUGGGCUACUGCCAGGGCAUGGCAUGUGUGGCAGGCGUUUUGUUGCUUUAUAUGCAGGAGGAGGAGGCAUUUUGGGCGCUGAAUGCGCUCAUCACAGAUCGCAAAUACGGCAUGCAUGGCUUAUUUGUGGAGGGUUUCCCAAAGCUAACACGUUUCAUAGAACAUCAUGAUCGUAUAUUGUCGAAAAUUAUGCGCAAGCUGCACAAACAUUUCAUUAAACAUAAUGUGGAUGCGCUGCUCUAUGCCAUCAAGUGGUUCUUUGUGGUUUUUGUGGAGCGUGUGCCGUUCAGCUUGAGUCUGCGUGUAUGGGACGUAUUUCUAUUGGAUGGCGAUCGUGUGAUUCUGGCCAUGGCUGUUACUAUACUCUAUCUGCAUAAGGAUGAGCUGCUGCGUCUGAAAGACAUGGAUGCCAUUAUUGAGUAUCUGCAGGUGAAGCUGCAUAAGAAUUUCGGCUACAACGAUGAUGAUGCCAUACAGGCGCUGGAGCGUGUUAUGAAGAAGCUAAAGGAUCUGAAACUCGAUGUGCCGCCACCGGCUAAAUCAAAUGAGUUUCCCACACGACCGCUGGGCGUCUUUGUGGAAGCGGAGCGUGAAAAGAAGACUGGACGCCGACGUGAUUACACAGAUACGGAAAAGCAAGUCUUAACCGAUGUGAUAACAAGACAAGAACAAAACGCAAUUGAGGUACAAUCAACUGUAUCCUAUGAGACAUCUGAAUGUGCUACAGGUGAUGCGUACUCAAUGAAAACCUAUCAGAGUAUGACUAGUUUAGCCACCUCGCCAGCGAUAAGCAGCAAUUCGUUAUAUAGCAAUGGUUAUAUGGUCGUUACCAGUGCCGAUGACAGUCGAAGCCAAAGUGUUAACAAUCUCCACUAUCAAUGGCAAAUGAGUGGCCAGCAUCAGCAGCAGCAGAGGCACAGCAGCUAUUGCAGUGAUAGCGAUAGCGAUACACGAAAUCGCUUGGAUCUGGAUAUAGCGCUGGAGGCGUUGCAGACCCAGAAGUUGCAGUUGCAGCAAGAGAAUCACAGCAUACGCAUUGUGUUGCAAAAUGGCGGCGGCAACAAUAACCAGCAGCAGCAGCACCAACAGCAGCUGACAGUAAAGACUUUAGAGUGUCAGGCUAAUGCUAAUGGUAGUGAUGAAGAUGCUCUAAGCGUGGAAAACACGCGUCUUUAGUCUGUUUUGUCUUUUGUGUUUUUUUUUUUUGUAAACAUUAUUUAAGACUUAAUUUGAUUAUUUGAUUUUGCCUUUGCUCAAAUUAAUUGUCAAUUGCCAAUUAAGUAGUUAACGUAUAACACAUACUUAGCUUUAAUAUUUGUACAACAUUGGCUAAUGAAUUUGUUAAGCUAUAGUGUGCACAUUUAAAAUGCAAACUCAACGUAUGUAUUUAGUGUUUAUGUUGUUAUGUUGCAAACUUUCUCAAUUUCUCUGAUAUUACAAGUCACAUAUAUUCCAACUGAUAACUGAUAAUUCCUAAGCAAAUUCCAACUAAAAUUUACCAUGCAUAUUAAUAUACCCUAUACUUUAUAUACACACACACACACACACACACACACACACCUCUGUUAAUUUUUAAGCUAUC